GGAUGGGGAGAUUACUGUCACAUUGGAAGAAGAAGAGGAUGAAACUGGAUAUCUGGGCCCGGUUUCCCAAAGGCAUGUUAUGGCAUCCAAUGGUUCUAACUUUGAACGGGCCCUGGUUAACACUAGAGAGAGACGGGACUGUCGUGGAUCCUCUGGGGAACCUCAACAACAUCAUGAUGCUGAGGAGGCAGAGAAGAGUCUCUCCAGAUCAGAACUCCUCAAGAAACACCAGCAGAGACCCACAGGGAAGAAAUCCAACUGCUGCUCUGAAUGUGGGAAGAGAUUAAACUCUAAAGUAGACCUUAAAAUACAUCAAAGAAUUCACACAGGAGAGAAAUCUUUUGGCUGUGAUCAAUGUGGGAAGACAUUUAUUCGGCUACAAACCCUGAAAUCACACCAGAGAAUACACACUGGAGAGAAACCUUAUAGCUGUAAUCAAUGUGGGAAGAGUUAUACUCAGCUAAUCAGCCUGAUAGUACACCAGCGGACACACACAGGAGAGAAACCUUAUAGCUGUAAUCAAUGUGAGAAGAGUUUUACUACAUCUAGCUAUCUAACUAUACACAAGAGAACACACACAGGAGAGAAACCAUUUAGUUGUGAUCAAUGUGGGAAGAGUUUUACUCAGCUAAACAACCUGAUAGUACAUCAGCGGACACACACAGGAGAGAAACCUUAUAGCUGUGAUCAAUGUGGGAAGAGUUUUACACAGGUAAACAACCUGACAGUACACCAGCGGACACACACAGGAGCGAAAUCUUAUGGCUGUGAUCAAUGUGGAAAAAGUUUUACUGCGUCAAGCUCCUUGAUAGUCCACCAGGUAACACACACAGGAGAUAAAUCUUAUAGUUGUAAUCUAUGUGGGAAGAGUUUUACUAGGUCUAGCUGUCUAACUUUACACCAGAGAACACACACAGGAGAGAAACCUUUUAGCUGUAAUCAAUGUGGGAAGAGUUUUACUAGGUCUAGCUGUCUAACUAUACACCAGAGAACACACACAGGAGAGAAACCUUUUAGCUGUGAUCAAUGUGGGAAGAGUUUUACUACAUCUAGCCAGCUGACAUUACACCUGAGAACACACACAGGAGAGAAACCUUAUAGCUGCGAUCAAUGUGGGAAGAGGUUUACUACAUCUAGCCAGCUGACUUUACACCUGAGAACACACACAGGAGAGAAACCUUAUAACUGUGAUCAAUGUGGGAAGAGUUUUACUCGGUCAAACAGCCUAAUGUCACACCAGAGAAUACACACUGGAGAGUUACCUUAUAGCUGUGAUCAAUGUGACCAGAGAUACCUUGAUAAAAGAUCUCUGAUUAAACAUCAUAAAAUACAUGCAUGAAGGAGUUGUUUCAUGAUAUCAAUGAAAUGUCACAAUGUAGAAUGGUUUAACAUUGUAGUAGGAGUAUUUCAAUAACCUCACAACGUUUCAACAGCAUGUACAACCUGAUUUCCCCCAAACUCGAUUUCAGUGAUGUAUUGCUACUUGUCAAAACAGCAACAGUUUAUAAGGAGCUUGUUUAAAAGUAAUAUGAUUAUUGUGGCAGAUGUUUGUGUAUACAUAGCACUUUUUAUGUUUAGGUUUUCAAUAUAUCACAACUGUCUCUGCAUAAUAUUGGUUAUUGAUUUCGACAUGUUAAAGCUGGAGCCAUCCCACCUAGCAAAAUGUAAUUGAAAAGAAGACUAUGCCCGACUUCCAAACACAUUCGGUUUUAGUAUUUUCGGGUCAUUUUUUCAAUUACUUAACUUUUUUUCAAUGUACUUGCAGCCUAUUCACAUGGACGCAGUAUAAUAAAUUAGUCUAUCAUUUUA